CGUUAUCUACCCUCACUCGGAGCUUAUCGUGUAUUUCACGCUCCCCUCUUUCUAACCAACGUAUAUAUAUAUAUAUAUAUAUAUAUUAAUAACUAUAGAUUUCUCUCGGUGAAACCUCUCCUUCGUUACCUGGGUAACUACUUAAUGUCCAGUCGACGACAGCAGGUAAAUUGCCCAUAGAGUAGCCGCAUAAUCUACCGAACGCAUAUGACAGUAACGUAUCCGUACACGAGAAACGAAGGAGAUUGCGUUAAUUUCGGCAAGCGCUGCAGAGAGCUCGUGCAGUAGUAGUAUAACGAAGCUGUUACGUAUAUCUCUCUGGCGAGUCGAGAGCGCGAGCGAGUGCGUGAGGCAUAUAUAAAAACUGUCCACGGGAGAGAGGGCAGCUUCCGCCGCAGUUGGGGGUGUGCGCGCCUGCUGUACGUACGUCUCACGUCGUCGUCUUCGUCUGGAGAGUGAUAUUAACUUUAGCUGUGAAGAUUUCGAAGAACGAUGUACACGGUGUCGAAGGGGCCCAGCAAGAUCGUCGCCAAGACUCGACGAGGAAUCAAUCAGAAGCUCGACAGGCUAGAUAAUCUGCGGGACUUAUCUCGAAAGAGCGAUCCUGAGGAAGAUGCUUCAGAGGAGGACAAAAACAGCGGAAAUGUUCCCAAACCAGUUUUCUACACAAAUGGCAAACUGAAGCCAAGCUCACAAAGGCAUCGGACAAGGCAAGAAGUUAUCACACCUCAACAUGAAGAACUGAUCAAGUUUGUUUGUGAAUCAUGGAACCAAAUCAACUCAAGACAGAGAUGCUCCUCCUCAGAUGAUUCUGAUCCAUACGAGUCUUCCACCAGUGAAACCAUAGUCUACUACAACGAUGGAGAGCCAAAUAACGUCUUGCAAGAUUUCAAACCUUUCGAUCUGGAGUCCUGGUGGGGUAAGAGACUGUUCAACAACAUCACGAAGUCCUUGUGAGCGUCACGAUCAUGAAGCUCUGGAAGUCGAUGCGGUCACCGAGAGUAGCCGCCGCUGUUGUGCCCGACGAAGACGUUAAUCAACAGUACAACCACGACGUGCAUUUCGUUUUGCGCGUUCGCAGAGCUUGCGCCGGAGAGAGCGAGUCUAACUUUCUCUCUUCGAGAGCUGUGUUCAUCGGUCGCACAGAAAAUAAAAUGAAAAAAAAGUAUAGCUGUCGCAUAGACAGCCGCGAGAGUAGACAAUAAUAGAGCAAUGCGUUAUUACCUAAAAAAUAAAUCACGAUGAGGAUGAAAGAAAAAAAAUGAUAAAUCAUGUGCUGUGUGCGCGCGUGCUGCGGAUAUAAUGAAGAAAAAACACCGUUUUGUGAACACUCUGCUGUCACUUAUGCUGUAAGCUCGCGCGUGAACGGAGUUAUAUUAUUAAUAUAAAGCAAAAAUGUUAAGCGAAAAUUGCGUAUGAUGCUGUAGGUGCGUGCAUGAUGUUUAUUGGUACAUAAAACGAAAGAGAUUGUUAUACAGCCCCGUUAUAUCGUUGUUUCGGUCCUUCAUCCCCCAAUACGCGGUUCUUCCGUUUGUUUUCUAACCGACGACCGUCCCCCCCUCCCCCCCCCCGUUUAAAUAGAGAUUACGAACCGGUGGUCGUAUAGGAUCUUUUUAUUUUCGCCGAUACUUUUACAAUUUGUACACGCGCAUGUCUCGCUCGAACGAUCGGCAUUUUGACAAUUGUUAAAUGAAAAUUAAGUAGUUCUCAAGGUUGUGCUCUAUCUUGUUGCGAGAAAGAAUGUGUCAAGUCGAGAAACGUAUGUGUAUGUACGCGUAUGCCGCACCCGAGGCGUGGAUAUUUUUGGAAUACAACAAAGAGAAAAAAGUGCAAGACAGCGAUCGUCCGAGCGAGAGAAAAAAAAAAGCUGAGUCGCGGUGAUGGAAUAGAGAGAGAGAACGAGCGAGCGAGCGGGAGCCUCUCAAUUGAAAAAAAAAACUCUUGUUAGACUGAUACACUUAAGAUUCUUCUUCAUAUAUGUUGUUUAAAAGGAACAAAAAUUGAACAAACGUGCGCACGUUUGUAUGUUAUAUAAUUCUAAUAUAAUCUGCACCGCAGCGAUCGCCGAUCAUCGUCCAUCGCGCAGGAGUCGAUCAUCUUUUCAUGGAGGAUUUAUUAUCUGUAAUAAUAGCCAUUAUUCGUGUAUGCGCAGAGGAAAAUAUUGUAAUAGAUGCUACACAAUAAUAAUGAAACGAAAUGCUAUGGUGCCACUAUGAUAAUAUGGACGCGUUCGCUCCUCUCCUCUGAUAUAAUAUUAUGAUCUUCGUUUCGCUCCCGUACGGUACUUUCAUACACUUAAACGAUAGUCUAUAAUCCCCGAAAAAAAAAGGUUAUUAUACAAUGACGCGUAGUCAAAGCGUAGUGCAAUAUGUAAAUACGUUUGGCGCAUUCGAGCCGAAUGUUGCUAGAUGUUUAAAGAAUAUACAUAUCUUUACAUAA